AGCCGUGUUCGACCUUGACGGGGUGCUGGCGCUGCCAGCGGUCUUCGGCGUCCUCGGCCGCACGGAGGAGGCCCUGGCGCUGCCCAGGUAAGGGGGCCCAGCGCCGCCGCCGCAGUGGGUCUGGGCCUCAGGAGGCAGAUCGCGCUGGGCUUGCAGCCCUGCUUUCAGAUUGCUCCCGUGCCGGAGCCCUACAAAUCAUGCGAAUCAUGAAACUGAAGACCUGGCCCUGAAGUCCCAGUGCAUAUGAGGAGAGGACUUCUGAAUGAUGCUUUCCAGAAAGGGGGACCAGAGGGUGCCACUACCCAGCUUAUGAGAGGAGAGAUCACACUUUCCCAGUGGAUACCACUCAUGGAAGAAAACUGCAGGAAGUGCUCCAAGACCUCUGAAGUCUGUCUCCCCAAGAAUUUCUCUGUAAAAGAAAUCUUUGACAAGGCGAUUUCAGCCAGAAAGAUCAACCGCCCCAUGCUCCAGGCAGCUCUCAUGCUCAGGAAGAAAGGAUUCACAACUGCCAUCCUCACCAACACCUGGCUGGACGACCGUGCUGAGAGAGAUGGCCUGGCCCAGCUGAUGUGUGAGCUGAAGAUGCACUUUGACUUCCUGAUAGAGUCGUGUCAGGUGGGAAUGGUCAAACCUGAACCUCAGAUCUACAAGUUUCUACUGGACACCCUGAAGGCCAGCCCCAGUGAGGUCGUAUUUUUGGAUGACAUCGGGGCUAAUCUGAAGCCAGCCCGUGACUUGGGAAUGGUCACCAUCCUGGUCCAGGACACUGACACGGCCCUGAAAGAACUGGAGAAAGUGACCGGAAUCCAGCUUCUCAAUAUCCCGGCCCCUCUGCCAACCUCUUGCAAUCCAAGUGACAUGAGCCAUGGGUACGUGACAAUAAAGCCUGGGGUCCGUCUGCAUUUUGUGGAGCUGGGCUCCGGCCCUGCUGUGUGCCUCUGCCAUGGAUUUCCCGAGAGCUGGUAUUCUUGGAGGUACCAGAUCCCUGCUCUGGCCCAGGCGGGUUACCGGGUCCUAGCUAUGGACAUGAAAGGCUAUGGAGAGUCGUCUGCUCCUCCUGAAAUAGAAGAAUAUUGCAUGGAAGUGUUAUGUAAGGAGAUGGUAACCUUCCUGGAUAAAUUGGGCCUCUCUCAAGCAGUGUUCAUUGGCCAUGACUGGGGAGGCAUGCUGGUGUGGUACAUGGCUCUCUUCUACCCCGAGAGAGUGAGGGCGGUGGCCAGUUUGAACACUCCCUUCAUACCGGCAAAUCCCAACGUGUCCCCUUUGGAGAGUAUCAAAGCCAACCCAGUAUUUGAUUACCAGCUCUACUUCCAAGAACCAGGAGUGGCUGAGGCUGAACUGGAACAGAACCUGAGUCGGACUUUCAAAAGCCUCUUCAGAGCAAGCGAUGAGACUGUUUUAUCCAUGCAUAAAGUCUGUGAAGCGGGAGGACUUUUUGUAAGGAGCCCAAAAGAGCCCAGCCUCAGCAGGAUGGUCACUGAGGAGGAAAUCCAGUUCUAUGUGCAGCAGUUCAAGAAGUCUGGUUUCAGAGGUCCUCUAAACUGGUACCGAAACAUGGAAAGGAACUGGAAGUGGGCCUGCAAAAGCUUGGGACGGAAGAUCCUGAUUCCGGCCCUGAUGGUCACGGCGGAGAAGGACUUCGUGCUCGUUCCUCAGAUGUCCAAGCACAUGGAGGACUGGAUUCCCCACCUGAAAAGGGGACACAUUGAGGACUGUGGGCACUGGACACAGAUGGACAAGCCCACCGAGGUGAAUCAGAUCCUCAUUAAGUGGCUGGAUUCUGAUGCCCAGAACCCACCGGUGGUCUCAAAGAUGUAGAACGCAGCGUGCGCCCAUACUUAGCAGGUGCGCCGUCCUUCCGCCUGCCGGGGCACCAUUCUUAGUAUACAGAGGUGGCCUUACACACAUCUCUCAAUGAUGGCAGCAUUGUUCUGAAGGGGUUCGCAGAAAAAAAAGAUUUUCUUUACAUAAAGUGAAUCAUAUUUGACAUUAUUUUAGAUCCCAGAGAAAUCAGGUGUGAUUAGUUCUCCAGGCAUGAAUGCAUCGUCCCUUUAUCUCUAAGAACCCUUAGUGUCCUCGGGGGGGAACAGAAUGGGGCGGCCAGGUGGUGAUUUCUCUUUGACUGACCAAUCCAUACUUUGGCAGAAAAAUCAGCCGUUCAUUUAGAAGAAUCUUAGUAGAGAUUGGGAUGCCUUACUCAAUAAAGCUAAGAUGACUAUGCUG